AUGCGGAGUAAAAUGUUUGGUUACUUCCUGUUUUGGUUUAUCUUGGUUGUUACGCCGUCUAAUUUGUUAGCAGCGUAUGUAACAAAAAGCUUUGACUGUGGCCCCUACGGCUUCGUCUGCGAAGGAACCACUAAACUGAGGCUUUGUGAAGGAGACAAUUUAUUAGGGCCAGCAUUCAGAUGUCCAGCAAAUACCGUUUGUAACGAAGACUCAAGUGACGUCUGCGAAAAUACGAUAAAUAACAUAGAUCCAGCGAUAACUAGGACAGUUAGAUGUCAUCGAAAUGAGAGAAUUGCAGACCCAACAGUCGCUGGAUGCAAAGGAUAUAUUCUCUGUAUACCUAACAAGAACAGAUUCCAAGGUAUUAAGUUCAAAUGUUCUGGAAACACAAUAUUCAACGGCUAUACACGAACUUGCUCGUCGCCAGACAAAUACAAAUGUCCUUUGACGAAUUUAACGAAAACAACUUCAACAUUUUACCAUCAAGAUAAUCGGAGAAUGGAUACUAUAGAAAAUAUAAAUUAUGGCAACUCAGAUAUGAGUUCGCACUGGCAUAGACCUAUUGAUUGCAAGAAUUAUAAGUUCGCUGUUACUCAAGAUCAAAGUCCGGUUCGUGCGACAUAUUUUUGCCCAUCCCGUCCAGCUGGCGGUGAAUCCGCAAUUAGAUGCACAAUAUUUUCAAAUCAAUUCUGCAUUACAUUAGAAAGGGACGACAAGGAUUCUUUUAUCCAGGCAGCAGGUGCUGCUUAUCGUAAACCUCGGACGAAUACGGUCUGAAGAAAAUAAAAAGCAAUUAUUUUUUAAUUAUUUAUUAACCGCUAUAAGACUGAUGGUGCCUUUCAUGGCAGUGGAAAAAACUACAUUUAAUUACUACGACUACUUAAGUAAUAAAAUAAAUAGUAACAAA